AUGUCAUCAUCAUCAUCAUGGACAUGGAGGGAGAUUGUGACAAGUUUACCCCCGCGUGAUCUUAGGCAUUGGGAGAACAUUUGCAUAGAUGGUGCAAUUUGUUGGGAUGGCUGGGAAUGCAGCGAUGGUAGAGGACAAAUAGAAAGAGCAGUUCAAUAUUUCGACCUCUCCGAGGAGGUGUUCAAGUUACGUCCUAGACAUGACGAUGCUUCUUAUGAUGACGCUUAUGUGAUCGGUAAUGAUUAUUGCAACAGCGACGGCGACAACGAAUACGUACGGAAUGUUCAAUUAUCAAACUGA